UAAACACAAAACGAAAAUUCAUUCAUUCAACAAAACGACAGACGACAAGAUUCCAACAUUUUGAAAAAAUAAAUCAUGGAACAACAGAAAAAUUCAUCAUCCAAAAUGAAAAUGACCCGUACUACAUCCAAUCGUUUUAUAAGCGUAUUAUUAAUUUUUUAUUAUUUAAUAAAAAAUUUUCUAUUAUUAUUUAUACCGAUACGAUUGUUGAAACAACCAAAAAAUAUUCAUGAUAAAUUAAUAUUAAUAACUGGUGGUGGUAAUGGUAUUGGUCAAUUAAUGACAUUAAAAUUAUUAAAACUUGGUGCAAAAGUUAUUGUAUGGGAUAUUGAUCCAUUGGCAUUAGAUCGUACCAGAAAAUUGGCUAAAGGUUAUGAUAAAAAAUUAUUUUGCUAUCAAAUUGACUUGUGUCAAAAAGAUAUGAUAAAAAAAAUGGCCAAACAAAUUGAAAAUGAUCUUGGUAAUGGUACCCGUGUAGAUAUUCUUAUCAAUAAUGCCGGUAUUGUUGUUGGUAAAAAUAUUCUCGAUCUAAGUGAUGAUGAAAUUCAACGUACAAUGAUGGUCAAUACGAUUUCACAUUUUUUUACUAUACGUACAUUUUUACCGGGUAUGAUUGAACAAAAAUCUGGUCAUAUUGUUACAAUUUCAUCGGUUGCAGGUGAUAUUGGUGCAGGUUCAUUAACAGAUUAUUGUACAUCAAAAUUUGCUGCAACCGGUCUAACCGAAUCAUUAGAAUUUGAAUUAGCUAAAGCUAAUCUUGAUAAACAGAUUAAAAUUUCUGUUGUAAAACCAUGGGUAAUAACAACCGGUAUGUUUGAUGGACUUGAUUCCGGUAUUUUUCCACCAUUAAAACCAGAAACAGUAGCUGAAAAAAUUGUUGAAGGAAUUCUUUUUGAACAAUCAGUUAUAGUUAUACCAUGGUAUUUUAAAUUUAUAAUAAAUCUUGAAGAUAUUUAUUCUUCAGAUCUAAAUGUUUGUUAUGAAGCUGUUCGACGUUUAAAAAAUUGUGUUAUCGGUAGUAAUCGUUUGAAAGGAUUAGUUUUAGAACAAAAUGUUAGUGAACGUUUAGUUCAACUUAUGAAUCCGCAAACAACAAAUGAACAAAUAAGUUGUGAAGCAAUUUUAGCUAUAACAAGUUUAGCUAAAGGUACUGAACAACAUUUGAAAAUGAUUAUCGAUUCGGGUGCUGUACCACAAUUAUUACGUAAUACUUAUUUGGAAAAAUUUGAAUUAAUCGAAGCAUCAUUGCGUGGUCUUCGUACUAUAUUUAAAUCACGUUUAGCACCGAUUGAUCUCAUCUAUCAGACCGAUAAUAUAACACCGGCUACAUCAAAUCCAUCAUCAUCAUCAUCAUCAUCAGUCGAUAAUCAACAACAAUCACCAUCAUCUUCGUCAUCGAAAACUGUCGAUACACAAAAAUUUCAAAAUCCAAAUUCAAUAUUAUCACAUUUAUUUACAUUAGCUCGACGUAAUAUAUCACCAUCGAAUUAUGUUGUCAAAGAAUGUAUUGCUAAUAUUUUGGCCUCUUCUUGUCAGUCAACUGAACAUCAAAAUAUAAUGAAAGAUUUAGGUGCAAUACAAAUUAUUGCUUCAUAUCUACAUCCAAAUAAUCGUAAUGCUUAUCAGGUAAAAUUAGCUGCAUUAAAUUGGCUGGCACAAUUAUGUUUUGAAAAUGAACCAGUAUCAUUAUUGGUUGCUGAUGAAAUUUAUUCAAAUCAAUCAUUAUUGGAUAUGUUAUUUGAUUUAAUGAAUGCAUUGAAUACAUAUGAAAUGCAAUUUUUUGCAGCAAAAUGUAUGACUUAUAUUUAUCGUUCACAAGCAAUGGAUAGUCAAGAUAAACGUUUAUUAUAUCGUUGUCUGCCAACAUUAAUUUAUUUAUGUAAAAAAGAUAAAGAAUCAUCGAUUCGUGCACAAGCAGCCGAAGAAUUAGCAUAUUUAAUUGAUGUUGAUGUUUCAUUACAAAAAACAGCAAGUAUUUGUGAUCAUUUGAUUAAUUCAUUGGCCGAUAUGUUACGACAAUCAUCGAAUCUUUAUUUUGCAAAUAAUUCACGUAUAACGAUUGGUUCUUCAACAGCCGGUGAUAAUAGUCGAAAAAGUUCAAUUGCAUCGGAUAAUCUAACAACAAUGGCAACAAUGUUAAUUGAUGAACCAAUGGAUACAACUAUAUUGACUAGCGCAUCACCAUUACCAUCAUCAUCAUCAUUACCUAUUUGUCAGGUUGUUAAUACAAUGUCAUCAUCAUCGACAUCGACUAUAACUACCGGUGAAAAUAAUAAUGGUGAAACAACAACAGCGAAUAAUAAUAAUAAUGUUAAAAAUGAACUACGUCAAGCUGCAUUCAAAGUUUUUGCAUCGCUUGGUGCUAAUGAUGAAGAUAUACGUAAACGUAUAAUUGAAACAGAAAAUCUAAUGGAUGAAGUAAUGAAUGGUUUAGAAGAUUCAAAUUUAAAAGUAAAAUUAGCUGCAUUAAGAUGUUUACAUUCAUUAUCAAGAUCAGUACAACAAUUACGUACAAUGUUUCAAGAUCAUGCUGUUUGGUUACCAUUACGAACAUUAUUACAAAGUCCAACAUAUGAAAUUAUUAUGUUAGCAUCAUCGGUACUUUGUAAUUUAUUAUUGGAAUUUUCACCAAGUAAACAGCACUUUUUGGAUCGAUUUGCUAUUGAAUUAUUAUGCGAUCUAACUAAACGUGAUGAUGUUCAAUUACGAUUGAAUGGUGCUUGGGCAUUAAUGAAUAUGGCCUAUCAAGCUGAUGAAGAUCUUAAAACACAGAUAUUAAAUCGUUUAGGAACUGAUCAAAUAUUUCGUUUACUUUCCGAUUCGGAUGUUAAUAUUUUAAUGAAAACAUUAGGUUUACUUCGAAAUCUUCUGUCAACCAAACCGCAUAUUGAUUUAAUUAUGCAACAACAUGGUAAACAAAUAAUGCAAGCUGUUAUAUUGAUAUUAGAAGGUGAACAUCCAUGGGAAGUAAAAGAACAGGCAUUAUGUAUUUUAGUUAAUAUUGCCGAUGGUAAUAAAGCAAAAGAAUUUAUAAUGUCAAAUGAAGAUGUACUGAACAAAUUAAUUAGCUACCUAUUGAAUUCAAAUGUUAAUCUACAAAAAUCGGCUGUAUUUUGUAUUAUUAAUUUGGUUUGGCAUGAAAAUGAAAAUUCUGCCAUUCGACAGGAAAAAUUAAUCGAAUUAUCAGUACCGAAAAUUCUACAACAAUUAUUACAACAAACCCAGAUUUCACAGAUGAAUUCAUCACAACAUGCAUCAUUAUAUGGAAAAGUAAAAACAGCAUUGGAUGAAUUUAAUCAUUUCAAUAAUAUUAAUAAUAAAUAGCCAACGGAUUAUCAUCAUCAUCAUCAUUGGAUUAUUGUCUAAUGCAACUUUAGUUUUUUUUUCCUCCGUAAAACUCUUUUUUA